ACCAAGUAGUGGGACUAUAAAAAGGGAGGAGUUCACAUCUCCUCUGCAGAUCUCUCUCCUCACAGGGUUGACUAAAAGUCUGUUUUUCUCCCUGUUCACGAUGCGUCUUUGUGCAGCUCUGAUCCUGUGUGUGAUGCUGUCCACAGCAUGUGGAUUAAAAUGCUACAAGUGUGAGUCUGCUAAUGCUCGAGCCUGCACACAUACAUCAACCUGUCCUGCAGUCAUGGACCAAUGUUUCUCCCUCAAUGUGACUGGUUCCAUCACUAAGGGUUGUCGAACAACUCGAAACUGUGUAAUACCCGUAUCUUGCUGUGGAGAGGACUUGUGUAACAGUGCCGUGCCCACUGGUCCCAGAGUCACCCUCCUGCUGGUGUCCUCAGCCAUCGCCUCACUCUUUCUCUGACGCUCUGGAGCCUCCGCUGAGAAUGUUCAACUUUCCCUUAUCGCCUUUUUAGAACAUUUAGAACAACAACAUAUUAAACCUAAAGCUUUAUCGAAUGCGACUACAGUGUUAUUUUCUGUUUGCAUAUACCGGGUGUAAAACUAAAUGUAUCAUGUAUUGACCCCACAGUAUUUCAAGUGUUUCAACUUUUGAAUUCAAGCUUGAGAUCAACAAUAGUUGAUAGCGAGUCAAGGGGCUAAAACAAGGGGCUAAAUAUAAGAGAGAGAAAUACUUCAAUUCUGUGAUCGGCAAUGUACAGAAAACUGCAACAUCAUCAUGGUUGGAAACCCCCCAACAGGGCCCCAGUUCAGUCAAAUGCUUCAUAACUUAGGUUUGGUUGAAGACUUAAUGAGUGUGUAUGUUGUGCUGAGGGUGGUCGGGGGGGUUGCGCUUUAAAUUCACAACUUUUGUAUUAUUUCUGUGUGUGCGAUUUGUUUAUAAUUUCGAUAAUAAAGGAAUUGUGUGAA